UGUGUGGUGCAUUUCACGUUGGACGAUACUGUGGAAGUUGUUCCUGGGCCAUGGUUUCGUAAAGAGGGAAAUUGUGCGUGGCCGAAAACAUCAAAUAUUAAAGACAUAAAAAAAGCUAUUGUUCUAAAAACACGACCAAAUAAGCAAGAUUUCUCUUUUUACGAAGCACGAUGUUUGGCUAGUAAUAUCGACAAUUUUCAAAUGGCCCAAAAAAAAUGUAAUGUUGCGAAAUGUAAAUCUGACCUUUCUUCAAUGGAAGAUGAUAAGUUAAAAAAAAGAGAAAAAUUAAAAAAAGGCAGUAUAAAACUCGUUUAAGCUCGGAAUCUGACAGUGAAAAAUCUGAUACAGAUAUGCACAAAAAUGCCCUUCCAUGGUAUCAUUCAGACGCAGAACCUCAACUUCAAAAAAAAAACCACCAAAUACAAAACAUAACAUUUAAUAGUAUUGAAAGUCGACCCAAUGGAUAGUCUCCCUUAAAGAACUCCAUUAUUGAUACAGCAGCAGUAAAGAUUCAUUUGUCUAAUAUUCAUUCAGAAAAAGAAACUAUAAUAAUGAGCAAUACAAGGACAAAUUCUCCUUUAAAACUUUCAAAUGAGAAGUUAUCAUUAUUUUCUGAAAAAAAAUCUCCAUACAAUCAAAGAUCGUCUCCAUCAAAUAGAAUAAAAAGAUGUUUAUUUUCUGAUAUUGAUAAACAUAGUCACUUAAACUCUAACUCUGCUGAUGAGGGCUCUACUAAAGUGUUAUCUGUAAAAAGUUCAGAAAAAGGAAGUUUAUCUACUGAUAUUUAUGAACAUUGUCACUCAAAUUCUAAUUCUCCUGAUUUAAAUAAUGACUCUUCAAAAGUAUUAUCUACAGUAAAAAGUUCAGGAAAAAUAAGUUUAUACACUGAUAAUGAUGAACAUAAUCAUUCAAAUUCUAUUACUCUGAAUCUUAAGGACACUCCCAAAGUAUCUGUAAAAAAAAUAUCAAAUACAAAAUCUUCGACAAUUUUUAAAAAAGACGAUCAGUUUAAAGAUAUGGUUUUACAUAACUUAAUCAUUUUAAAACACAGCAUCAGAAAUUUGGAUGAAAAAUUGGAUUUGUUAAUUGAAAAAAGUUCAAAAAGAAGUACAGAAAAUUCAAAUAUAAAUUAUGAUGAUGAUAUUGACUACAGUAACCUAUAUUGUCUUUUCCCAAUUGAAGAUAUAAGUACUCUUAAUGAUAUCGAGGAACAAUUGGUGUCGGAUAAAAAAUAUCACAAAUCAUUGACAAAUAAACUAAUUGGUCUUGGUGGCAAAACGGUACAAAUAUAUAUAAAAAGAGUUAUGCAGCUUUUGUUCUCUGAUGAACUUUUAAAAUUAUAUUCAUUCAAUGGUCGAGGAAACAAAAAAAAAUGUUUUUCUAACCUAGUGAUUUCAAAACUAAUAUUUGGUUCUAUAAAAUUGUUGAACAAAUUCAACUAUGAUAAUGCCAAUGAUGAUGCUGAAAAAUAUAUUAAAAAUGCUCUUAUUCAGGCUCCGUUCAACAUCAAAAAAAAAAUAUCCAAUACUGAAACUGCAAAUGAUUAAUUUUUUAUAGUUUUUGAAAUGUACACAUAAAUAUUUUUUUUUAUUUUAUAGUUCUUAAACAUGCAUAAGUCAAUGCAAGGUACAUGCAUAGCAGUAUACACUAAUACAUAUUAUAAAACUAUAUAAGAUACCAAUGUGUUCGU